UGAACAAACUAAAAAAAAGUACAUAGGAUACAAUUCUAUAUUUCUAAUGUUAGCACGUAUUCCUACUGUACUGGGCAAAGUAAUGUUUCUGGACUACUAAAUUUAGAAAUGCCAGUAUCUGUGUGAAAACCCAGCUGUGUUAUUCCUGUCUGAAUGCAGAGCUAUACAGUGAUUUGGGAAGUUCAUGCCAUGUUUCUGCUGAAUUGGCAGCAGCUGUAAGAGCCGAGUGGAAAGAGUGACCGAGUCUCCUGGAUGUGAGGAGUGAGUCAGACCCACCACCCCCCUUCCAAGAUUCCACGGUAGUCAUCACUUGAGCUGAACACAGAACAGUGCCACCAUUUCAACUCCCUCCCAGUCCCACCCCAAGAAUCCACCUUUUUCUUGUUUGUGCGACAAUCACUCAGUUACCACAAUGAUAUAAAGAUGCUUCACUAUGGUGAACGAUAGAGAAGAUCUCAUCUACAAACCUGACACUUGAGGCAUUUGGGUCAAGACGACGAUUGUGACUUUUCUUCUUUGAGAUCACUCACUUGUGGAAGUCACACCUCGCUGACAGGAAGCAUCUGUUGGCAAGCUCACAGGUUUGCAGUUCCAUGGUGAAGUACUUACAAACAUGCAUAGCCCAAUAAACAAAUUGAUUUGUCAUGCAAAACAUUAGACAUAAAAAUAUUUGUAUUUUCAUAGCACACGAUCUGAACUUAUAAUUUCAUAGUAUUAUCUUGGUGCAUUAACAUAAACGUUCUUCACGCUCCUUAGGGUUUUGAAAGCGCUUGAAAUUAGAGUCCACUUGCCUGCGAAUGCAAACAGAAGCCUUUAAAAGUGCAUUACACUUGGCAGCAUCACAAAUAUGUUCCUCCUUCUGAAGGCUGUGUAAUAUUAAUGUUCUCCGUCAAUGUGCGCUCUUUGCAAAUAUUAUGGAUCCAACCAUUAGGAGCAUCAAAAAGGGUGGGGUGGAUGGCAUGCCAUUCGCUCCCAACGGUAAAACUAACCAUAUGUUGGACCUUAUGGAACUUCUUUUGGGGUUCCUGAGCAUCUGGAGUAGUUUAACUUCAGUCACUUUCAGACUCUAUGGGGGAGGAGGGGGGAGGUUUACUAUUCACAGCCCUGUUUCUGGGGUAAACACAUCUGCAGACAUUGUUUAUGCUGCAUUCACUAUGAAUGCGAGACAGAGACGAGCAGAAGGAGAGUGUAGUCUGUUAGUGUGUUUAUUUAGCUCAACCGUGUCUGUGUGUGUGUGAGAGUGUAGGGGGUGGUAAGGGGUUGGCUGACCACCCUGGACAGCCCCUUCCUGACUACAUCGCUGACAGGAAGUAUAGAAAGAAAAGGAGAAAAAGAGACGUGAACCUUUCUGUUUCUCCUUUUUGGGUUUUCUGCAUUUUUUACGAUUCAGCUCACGCUCAUCUGCAAAAAGAAUACAUAAUUCGGAAAACGCACCAAAGAGAAAAACACAAAGCGAAAGAGUGAAGCAAGAAUAUGGAGGACAACUUUUGCGGUGUUCUGGGGCAUUUUAUGAGGGAUUAUUUGUGACGCCAAGGGAAGAAUGUUGAGCAUGAGGAGUGAACGAUGAAAACAGCUGUUGGGACUCAGAACGCGGAGCAUCCUGAGAGGUGACCUAAAAUACAUUCAUCGGAUUCUUCUCAAAGUUCUGCUUGUCCUCAUUAUGCACUAUGCUCUCCCCUGGCCCUUCCACAGCGCCUUCAGGCCUCUCCAAACCAUCUUCACCCAUUCAGGCAUCUUUCCAUUCACAAACCUCUCCUCUUCCUCUAAGUCCUCCUUCUUCCUUGACUUCUACAACGACCUUCCCAUUGGUUGAUAUCUCUGACAACCCAUCCCCUGACCCCGCCUCCCAUCCGCUUCCUACUUCACCCCCAAUCUCAUGUGUACAACCUUCCUCACCUAAACUUAACUCCAAACCAUCCCCACCUCCUCCCCAGAAACCCAUGUCUCCUCAGGUCCCAAAGCCACCCCUCCCAGCACAACUCCCCUCUGCUCUUCCUAAGAGCUCCUCCACUGCUCUGCCUAGACCACCUCCACCUCCUGGUGUUAGACCCUCAUCUCCACCUCAACCCAGACCACCUCCACCGGUAGUCCCAAAACCACCAGUCCCUACAUCUCCAGUUAGCAAAUCCAAUAAACCUAUUCCUCCUGGUAUCAGCAUCCUGGAGAAACUGAUUAAGACGUGUCCAGUGUGGCUUCAACUGGGAAUGAAGCAGGACCGAGCCAUGCACAUACUCAGCAAGGAGUUUCCUGGGAUCUUUUUAGUCAGGAGGGAUGCAAGUCAAAAAACGAUGAUACUGGCAGUGCGCCUUCCUGACCAGCUGGGGGAGCCCCAUGUCAAAGAACUGCCUAUAAAGGAAGAAAAGUCCUUGCUAUACCUUGAAGGGUCUGUGCUGGUGUUUGAGAACAUUUUUAAACUCAUUGCUUUCUACUGUGUUAGCCGCGACAUCCUUCCUUUUCCCCUGAAGUUACCUCAGGUCAUUCAAAAGGUAGCUAAAUAUGAGGACAUGGAGGUGAUCUCUUCUCUAGGAUCAGAGUUCUGGAACUCAGCUCUGAAUAGUCAUGAGGAAGUGGAAAACAUUUCUGGUAGUUGUGGCGCUCUGGAUAGGCAGGGGCAAAGCAGCUCCUGUGAAAUCCAGAUUUCCAUCGGCAGUGACCGGCUUUGGUAUGUCAACCCAAUUUUCAUUGAGGAAUGCAGCAACAGCUUGCCACCCACCUCUUCUGCCCCUGUUUUGAGGACCCAGAGUCUCAACACACCAGUCCAGGCUCUGCCCAAAUACAAAAGGCCACCACCCCUACGCCCUCGUCCUCCCAGUGCACCUGAUUGUUCUCAAAACUAUGUAUUAGCCAAGCCAUCAAAAGGGGAGUUCAAGGCAGUUCUCAGUUCUCCUCCCCCUUCAGUCCAGAAAGGGGAAGGAAGUGACUCUGAGCGUGCAGACAGAGAACAAGAGAGACAGGGAACUCCUGCCCCAAGCACUGAGCGUGAAAAGCCAGCUGUCUUACAACCAGCUCAGGGCAAAGAAGGAAAACAGCUUUCUAAUACGUCUUCACAUCGAGUUCCUCCAAUACCAAUCCGACGGAGGCUCUCUGAAAAGCAAGCUUCAGAGGAACCAACGCAGCAGGAAGUCCACACCAGCACCUCCACAGAUGCAAAGGACAAUAUUCCACAAGUCCCGGUAGCAUCCCUCAUUUGUCUAGAUGACAGUAUGGAAGAAAGAGACAAGCCUAUGGACCCAGAGACUCAGCAACUUAAGGAAGUGCCAGUGGAAGAGUCUAAGGUAACAAAUGGAGCUACAGUGGUGACUCUAGAGGUAGCACCUCAACCGAAGAGACCUAAUGCUCCAGUGGCACCCCCCAGGAAGAAAAGAUUCUCUCAGAAUCUGACCGGACAUGUCUCCCAAAGCUUUGUAAACUCACUCAAGCCAAUUCCUCAAGAGUCCACUUCCAUCGUUCCUUUAAACUCAAGCAGCCCCAGUCCCGUCCGCCACUCGCUCUGCAUCAAUGCCGGUAAUCCCAAAGUCUCAGAUGUUUCUCUGUACUCUCCUGAUGGUGGAGCUCCACCAGACCAUGACUCCUACUCAACCAGCAGCACAGAGGAGGAGGUGGAGACCAAUGCAGCAACAGGUACUGUCAUGAAGAGGACCCCAACAAUUAUGUUAGACCGCAAGCAACGACUGUCAAUGGUAUCUAUGGCGAACCUCUCAAAUGUCCUCACGGGCUUCAUGAACGCAGACCGUAAGUUGCAGAAGCGCAUUGUCGAACUGUCCCGAGAUGGGAACACAUACUUUGGGAACCUUGUUAAGGAUUAUCGAGCUUUCACUUUGGACACCAUGCGGAAACACACCUCCAGCACAGAGAUGCUCCAAGAAAUCAGGCAGAUGAUAACCCAACUGAAAAGCUAUCUGAUCCAGAGUGCAGAGCUGCAAAAUCUUCAGGAAGCAGCCGGAUACUCCGAGGAGAAACUGGAGAUGAUUAUUGAAGCAGCACUAUGCAAAAGUGUCCUGAAACCCUUACGAGAGGCUGUGUAUAACGGACUGAAGGAUAUCCACUCCCGUGCAGGAGAUUUGAAGAAACUAAAAGAAAACCAGCAAGUGGUUCAGGGGACGACCACCACAGACCUGGGGGUCAUCACCAGUGUUCCUGAAAUGGCCAUUAUGGAGAAAAUUCAAACAAAGCUGGGUAACCUGCACCAAGAAUAUUCACCUCAGAAGAAGAUCGACCUGCUCCUCAAGACCUGCAAAAUCAUCUAUGAAUCCAUGUCUGUAGGCUCUCCAGGAAAGGCUCACGGGGCUGAUGAUUUCCUGCCCGUGCUGAUGUACGUUUUGGCUCGCUGUAACAUCAGCGCUCUGAUGCUGGAUGUGGAGUACAUGAUGGAGCUAAUGGAUCCGGCACUGCAGCUCGGAGAGGGUUCGUACUAUCUCACCACCACUUAUGGAGCUCUGGAGCACAUCAAAAAUUUUGAUAAACAAGCUGUGACCAGACAGCUGAGUUUGGAGAUCCAAGACUCCAUCCAUCGAUGGGAGCGCCGCCGCACCCUAAACAAAGCCAGAGCGUCACGCUCCUCUGUACAGGACUUCAUUAAUGUGUCCUUCCUGGAGGCUGGAUCCAACACCAAGACCUUGGGAUUGCGUCCCAACACUACCGCUCAGGACCUGUGCAAUCAGUGUGCAGAGAAGUUUGAGGUGCUGGAUCCUGAGUCUUAUUGCCUAAGCGUGCUGCUGGACGGCCAUUACAAGCCUUUGGCUCCCGAGGAGUUUCCUCUCACCAUCAAAUCCAGUUUGCACCACAGUGAGCCACGUACGGAAUAUUAUUUCGUCUACCGCCACGGUCGCUGGCCAGAACAAGAGUCUGUGGAUGAGACGCCAUCUACACCAGCUCCUGAAGAGAGUUUGAUAUGAACUGCGUUUGUAUGUGUGUGUGUGUGUGUGUCAGUGAUAGGUGGGUCUUUAGCAGAGGGUUUGAGCUGCUUGAAUGGACAACUUUAAUUUACAAAACAAUAUAAGUGAUGCACAAGAAAGUAAACUGACAUUACGAUGCCUAACCACAUAGCAGAAUGUGCUAUUUGCCCAUGGAAAUUAUACGAAUACAAAAACUGGCUUACAAGCUGGCUGGCAUUUGCUUUAACACAUGUGCUGGAAAGGACCAGGACUGGAAUCCAAAAUCUGUUUUGAAAAGACAGAAUCUCCUAGAAAAGCCUCGCAUGAAGAGCCUGCAUUAUUUUGAGACUCAAGAAUAUCUGCACACACAACAGAUACAUCCUUCACCUUAGUCAGCCUUUACUUCAGCAGACCUGUUGAUCCCAAGCAUUAUACAGUCCUUGAAAGUUUCACGAUUUACAAAUGAAACUUCAUCUUUCCAACUAUGGAAAUAUUUUCACAUCUCAGGGCUCAGCAGAUUGUGACUCAUACCCUGUUUCGGUGCUUAUUUCUUCAUUUAUACGUUUCUUUAAGCAAUGCAUCUUUACAAACCUUGAACCGGUUAUGCACCUGCAUUGCUCUUCUAUCAUAUGCUGCCAUACAGAUAUGCUCUCAGUGUUAUAUUUCAUUCAUAUUUGGUUCACUGUUGCUGCUUUAUAUAUCAACAUAUACAAUAGUUUAGGCAUAAGCUCUGGUUUUGCAGCAAAUUAUUUUAAGCAGCAUGAAUGCAUAUGUAUCACAAUGCGUGACUGUUUCAGUGAGCACAACACUUGUCAAACCAAAGAUUGGUGUUAUAUAAAAAAUAUAUUCUGGUAAUAAAUACAUUUUACAUUAUA